UUUUUAUAAUGCUGGAUGCUUUGCGCCUUUCUGGGUACAAACUUUUUGUAUAUUUACGCCACUCCACUACUAAUAUUCAAGACCAAGAUGUCGGACGACUGGGGUGAUCUGAUUACAAAACAGGAGAAAGGAGAAAAGAGUCUAACCACACAGAUUGAUGACUUGAGGAUUCACAAAGAUGAAGGCCAGUCAGGUGGUGCCAGUCCAGUGGCCGUGAAACAAACCCAGGACAAUGCUGAACAGCAAGGGGCAGGGGAGAACAAACCUCCAGAUGAAUCAACAGAUGACAAAGUGUCCAAAAGUGAUAUAUCACUGCUACAGAAGCUUCUUCACUCGAAACUGGUCCAUAACAAAGCUGAUCUUGAGGUCCUGAGAAAAGAUCCAACGUCCCCUUUGCACUCAGUAAAAUCAUUUGAAGCGUUACAUUUAAAACCUCAACUGUUGAAAGGUGUGUACGACAUGGGAUUCAAUGCUCCCUCGAAGAUUCAAGAGACGGCUUUGCCAGUGUUGUUAGCUGACCCGCCUUGUAACAUGAUUGCCCAAAGUCAGAGUGGAACGGGAAAAACGGCAGCCUUUGUCCUGACCAUGUUGAGUCGAGCUGAUUCCUCCAAACCGUACCCACAGUGUUUAUGCUUGGCCCCGACCUACGAACUGGCACUUCAGAUUGGACAGGUGACCUCAGAAAUGAGCAAACAUAUGGAAGGUUUGCAGAUCACAUAUGCCGUGAGAGGAGAGAGAGUGGCCCGGGGCGAGAAGCUGAACAGCCACAUCAUCAUCGGGACCCCCGGCACGGUGGUGGACUGGGCCUUCAAGUUUCGCUCGUUUGACAUCCGGCUGAUCCGAGUGUUUGUCCUGGAUGAGGCAGACGUGAUGAUCAGCUUGCAGGGACAUCAGGACCAGUCCUACAGGCUGCAGAGACGAGGAAAAUGGCAUCGUGGCUGGCGGAGAAGAUGACAGGGGAGGGUCAUGCUGUCGGCCUACUGUCCGGUGAGCUGCCCAUCGAGAUGAGAGCAGACAUCAUCAAGAGGUUCCGCGACGGCAAAGAGAAGGUUCUCAUCACAACCAAUGUCUCGGCAAGAGGUAUCGAUGUUGAACAAGUGACGGUGGUCGUCAAUUUCGAUCUUCCUCUCACUCUUGACCACAAGCCUGACUGUGAGACCUACCUGCACCGGAUCGGCAGAACAGGCCGGUUCGGCAAGAACGGAAUCGCCAUAAACUUUGUGGACGGACACCGCUCUAUGAACACGUUGAGAUUUAUUGAGAAGCAUUUCGGUCGACAGAUUUCAAAGCUGGAUGCGGACGAUUUAGAUGCUAUUGAGAAGAUUGGAUCAUGAAUGUAUGAGAGUGUUGCUGUCGCUGCCUUUUGUGGAUUGACACCAGGGGUUAACUGUCAUGGCUUAGUUAAGAGACAUUUACACUGCUUGCUGUUAGUAUGAGAUCAAAAUUUGGCUUUCUUGCUUGUCUUUCUUUUGCUGUUGAAGAGAUGGGGAAUAUUCGAGACUAAGAUAAAGUGGGACCUAUAAUUUUGUACAUCUUCCUGAACUGAAAAAGACCACCCUGGAGGGUUUUGUUAAAACUUUUCAGUAUGGACGUCUUGUGGUUGAUUCCCACUUCUGAAGAUACCCCUUUGUUUCUGUGGAUCAUUUGAAGUAAACUUCUUAUUGGGUGCAAAUUGUACGAGAGUACAUGUACAUUUCUUUCCACGACCGUUUGUUUGUCGCUGCUGGCUGUUUGUUUUUUUUGGGGGGUGGGGCUUUUUUUAGCAUACCUUUUCUGUUAUAUAUAGUUCUAGUUAGAAUAUUUUUAUUUGAGACUGCCUUUGGAAUACUUUAUUCUUUGUGUCUAAAGGCAUUCAAUCAGUUGUUCAAAGAUGUUGAAGUGAUUCUGCCACAUGUUGCGGUUUUGUUGUUGUAUGAGAAUGGAAGGCAACUGAAAGCUUUUUCUGUUGAUGUUAUGUCAUAUGUUUAGCAGAAAUUUUUACUUUUUUAGGACAUAGCAGACAUAUUUGCCAGGCAGGCUGACAAAAUGAAGUUACCUCUCUCAUUAACCCUAUGGAAAUAGAUAGGUCAAGUUUAUUGGCACAGUUUGAACAAUUUAUAAAUGUGGAAUAAUAUUUUUUUUAAACAAGUUGUACUUGAAAAAAAAAAUCCCAUCUGUAGAAAAUCAACAAAUUUGACAUGUGUCGAUUUUUUCUCAGAUUUCUCCUUUUGUGGGUUGGAAUUAGUAACUCAUUUUGUCAGCAGCCCUCACAUAAUAUGUCUGAUCAGCAGCGGAGCAAAGACAAUGUUUCGGCACAUUUCAAACAUUUAUUCUCAUCGGUGGUGUUGUAACCGUGGGUAAAACUUGGCCGAUGUACGUCUCAGCGGAGAAAUCAACGGAGAACAUUGUAGCCAGACGGGUUUACCAUGACAUGAGCCAUAAGAAGCAUUCUCUUACUGUAAUUGCUUUAUGGUCGGUGGUUUCUCUGUGCAGAAAAUUAUAGUAACUUGUAAAUUGUUGUGCCUUUUGUUGUCCAUGUUACAUUCUGUUAAGAUGGAAAUUGUGUCGAUGGGGGGUGUGAAAAAAAAAAAGCCUACUUCUAAAAUGUUACAGUCUGUUCUUUGUGUGAAGCAUAAUUGUUGGUGGAAAAUGACAUAGAAACUUAUUCUUUUGAAGAAGUUACGGUAAUAUAGGUAGAUCUAGGUGUCAGGUCAGAGAGUAUCUCACAAUACAAAAGUUGGUUUUGUUUUACUUAACGCUAGAAAUAAUCUUUUGUUUUUUUGUUUUUUUUGGGGGGGGGAAGGGGGAGGGGUUGUUUUGUUUCUUUUCUUUGAGAAAAUGAAUUUUUUAAAUUUUUUUUUUAAAUGUGGGCCCUAUAAGACUUCUGAUCGUGUGAAAGUAACAGUGUGGAAAUGGAUGCAAGGACGACACCUAGUACUUUCUCAUAGUCACAGCAAGCUUUGUUAUUUUAUAAAAUUUCAAGAUUGGCCUCCUCAGUCUCCCAGAUGCUGUUGUGUAGUCUGUAGGUGUAAGUAAUUUGUUGAAAUCAGGCCGAAAAUGUAACGGCAUUUUGUCUAUGGGUCUGAUGAGACACGUACACAUUUGCUUGUUGGAAUUUUUAUUCAAGUUCUCUCUGUAAAACUGCAACUCUUUUCCAUGUAGAGCAUUGGGGAUUUUAAGAGUGUCUUCAUUGAUUUGUUCUUUCUGCCAUCACUGCAGUAAUAUUUUAAAAUGAGAGAAUUAUUAUCAAGGACAUACCUCCUUUAGUGCAGGGUGUAUGUUUUGUGUUUUGGUCAACUGAUUACUGAAGUGAAAAGCGUUAGGGAUUUUAAGAAUGUCUUUAUUGGCUUGUUCUUUCUGACAUAUUUUAAGAUAAGAUAAGAUAAUUACUUAGGACAUGUUUCCUUUAAUGCAGGGUGUGUGGUUUGUGUUUUGGUCUGCUGAUUGAUGACUGAAGGGCGUUUAGGAUUUUAAGAAUGUCUUUAUCAGUUAGUUGAUUCUGCCAUUACUGAAAUAUUUCUAGAUGACACGAUUAUUUAGGGCAUACGUCUUUUCGUGCAGGGUGUGUAGGUUUUGUGUUUGGAUCAGCCGAUAACAACUCUGAUAGCAGCCUUAUUAUGAUGUGUUCCGUCUGUGUCUGCUAGGGUAUAACCGUGCACUAUGCUGGUGGAAAUGAUUUUGUCUGUAAGGUGAUUUGUCACUGGCAGAUAAUUUCUUCUCGCCAUAGAUAUAAAAAUGAUGGGAGCAAGAACAAGUCAAUCAGAAAUUUUAGGGGUGAAAUUUCAAUGUAUUUUAUCGUCCUUUUAAUUUGUAAAAAAGUAGAUACUCAAGGCUGAUUUAUGAAUGCAAAACAGAUCCAUUUUUAAGUCUUUUUUUUUGUGUGCUUGAGAAGCAGAGAGAUGAGGAAGCUGUGCUUUGUGUUGAGAUCUUGCAUCAGGAAUUAGUGGGAAAGGAAAAUGUAAACAA